AUGACAAGUCAAGAUGACCCAUUCAAUCCAUCCAAUCAUCCAAAAAAUAAACAAAAAGUAUCAAAGACUUAUGGUUCAAUUAGAAGUCGAUUACGUCCUAAACAAUCAAGACCAAUUGAUCAAAUUUCUCUAAACUCCAAGCUUGAGGAGGAGGAUGAGAAUUUUAAACAAAUCAAGAACUCUAAUCCAAGUGAUGCUCGAAACCAAAUCUUAACCAGUCUCAUUGAUCCAAUGCAGGGACCCUCAAAACCUACUACUGUUCCAAUCAAACCUUUCUUAAGAUCAAGAGUUAAUCAAAAACCAACAAAUUUACUUCUAGAUCGAUCAAAUGCUCAAAAACCUACACGAAGAAAAGAAAUCCAAGAUCUCAAGCAAAUUGAAGAACCCAAGAAUCUUAAACAACCAAGAAGCAAGAAAAUCAAAGUACAUGAAGAUCAAGAACCAAGAAUGGAUUCAAGUUUCUUUUUAGAACAUUCGAUUGAUCCAUUAUUAGAAAAACCAAAUCAUUAUCCAAUGCAACAAGGAAUGGAUGAAGAGAUUACAUUAAGAUUAAAUGAAAAUGAACAUGAACUCGCAUUACGAUCGAUUCCUGCUAUUCCAAAUCGACGAAGACUUCGUAGUAAUGAUCCUCAAAUCGAAAAUGAUCUGGUUAAGAAACGGAUUAGAGUGGCAACUGGAUCUGGUUCACAAGAAAUUAAAAAUCCAACAGAAGUAAAGAAAAAGAAAAAGGUUGAGAAAAAAGAUGAUAUUAAGAUUAAAGGUAAAGGGUCUUCUAUCAUUAAGAAUAAGAAGGAGAAGGUUAAAAUCGGAAUCGAAAGUCCUGUGUUGGUUAGUGGUGAAAAAUUUGUUCCACUUGAUGAUGAUGAGUAUAGUGAUGAUCCAUUAAGGAUUUGA